CCAUGGACACUACUUAAGUCUGAUCCUGGUCGGUGGAUAUUUGGUUGCCCGCACUCUGGCUCUUUUGUGAUGGUCUCACGGAAAUUCAUUUCUGAUAUCUGAAGCCUGACAGACAUUAGCCUCCAGCCAUGGGUGACUGGUCUUACAUGUCCGCACUGCUGGACAAGGUCCAGUCUCACUCCACUGUGGUUGGGAAGAUCUGGAUGACUGUCCUCUUCCUGUUUAGGAUCUUUGUCCUGGGUGCCGCUGCGGACAACGUCUGGGGAGAUGAAGUGUCCGAGUUCUACUGUGACACCCUGGAACCUGGAUGUGAACAUGCCUGCUACAACUGGAUGUUCCCUAUUUCCUAUGUUCACUACUGGGUCCUGCAGAUCACCUUUGUGUCCACACCCACCCUGGUCUACCUGGGCCAUGCUAUCCACAUCAUCCACAAAGAGAAGAGGAUGAUAGAGCAGCUGAAGAACAACAAUGAUGAAACUGCGCUGACGAAACGGAAGUAUACAGAUGAUAGAGGGAAGGUGAAGAUAACAGGCAUUCUCUUUUUCACAUACAUAACUCAGCUGGUCUUCAAGAUCAUCCUGGAGGUGGCAUUCAGUGUGGGCCAGUUCUACAUCUUCGGCCCCGUGUUCAUGGUGCCCUUCUUCCACUGCACCAUGUCUCCACCUUGUGCCCGGUACACUGGGGCCCAGUGUUACAUUUCUCGUCCCACCGAGAAAACCAUUUUCAUAAUCUUCAUGCUUGUAGUGUCUGGCAUUUCGGUGCUCCUCAAUGUUGUAGAGAUCAUCUAUCUGCUCUGUAACAAGAGGAGAGAAAGAAGGAAAGAGCUUAAAGCUCAGCAGUAUGUGCUACGCUCGCAGGAGCACCCAUCCAACCCAUCCUGGGGUGGGGGCAUGGGUGGCCAGUAUGGAGGCAUUCCAGUGUUGCCUCUGCAGGCUCAGGAAGAAAAACACAUUGACCAAGUCAGUAAAGACAAGGACAAUUGAUACAUGAACCAUACAUGUCCGUUUGGGUUGUUUUUGUUCAUGAUUAAUUCUGCUUGAUCUCAGUACAGCAUUUGAAACGGAUAGUCUCAGUGCCUUUAUCAACCACCUUGAAAACUAUGUUGUAUGAAGGACUCUCGCCUGGUUUCUCUCUUAUCUCUCUGAAAAAUCUUUCUUUCUUCUAAGUGCGAUAUUGUCGGCAACUGGACUUGAAUUUCUUGGAGAUAUUUCACCUCCAACUGUGCCACUUCCUCAGUCCAGAACUGAAGAAGUUCCUCAGUUCAGAACUAAAAAUGCUGCAAGAAUCUUCACCUUCAACUUAUCUUUCUCUGUUGUAGUGGGAGAACAUUCCUCAUCCAAAGAAACUCUCCCCAGAGAUCAAAUCUUGGUCCCUUUCUUUUUUCUGUUUAUAUCCUUCCUUUGGGUCAAAUAAUCUAACAUAGGUAUAAUGUUAAAUUCCACAAUCAUGCAGAUGACACUUAUACUGACUGGCCAACUGCAUCCCACUGCCUGUUUAUUAUAUGGCCCACUGUGGAUUUUUUUUAAAUAAAGUAGAAAAUGACUUGAGCAUAUGUCUAAUAAAUUGCACUGUAUGUAUAUUGCACAACUUAGUUUGAACAUAACGUCACUGUCAUCUGAUCAACUACUAAUAGAAAGCUCUGCCAUGCACUCCUUAAUUU